CGGUGGCCAAUCAAAUUGAAAUAUUUUCUUUAGGGUAUUCGAUUAUGGUGGUCCUGAAGACUAUAACAAUUGUUUUCCGAUAAGAUUUGAUAUAUGUAAAUAAACAAUCCCCAAAAAUGAAAGCUAGUUACGAUAGUCGUAGAAUUUACAGAAAAAGGCUACUUAUGUUUAUGGCCUGAUAAUGCAAAUGUUUUUAUUAUUUCAAGUGGCUUUUAGUAUGACUAUGUAAUGAUGCAAUGGUGUGGUUAUAAAUUUUAAGACUUUGGGGUCAAUUUGAUAAUACUAACCAAUAGUGGGGGGCUGACAAGAACGGAAACUCCAUGAUAUUUUUGCAGUCUAAAAAUCUUUUCAUCUCUCUUCUCUCCCUCCACUGAAAACUUCCCCACAAGAACUAACAAUAUGAUAAUGAGAAGCGCGUCGUCACUGGACCUUAACCUACGCGCCGCCCAGAAACCGUCUGUUCCACGGGUGGUAACCACGGCUCGAACCGUCUCUGCUUCUUCUCCUCGUGUUGCUAAACCGAUUACGAGAGCUUCUUCAGAUGGAAAUCUUUACAAGAUUCAGUCGCCGGAGAGUAGAACGAAAACGAUCAGCGUUUACCACGAAGAAACUGCGUCGUAUAGGGUUUUGGAAGGAUCUCGGCUCACCCAUGGAGGUUCCAACGGUGGAUUUGGUGGUAGAGGCGGAGAUGGUGCCGGAGGUGGCGGUGGAGUUGGAGGUGGGAACGUAGAUGGUUAUUAUGAAGAGAUGAUCCAACGUUAUCCCGGAGACACUCUUCUUCUCUCUAACUACGCUCGUUUCCUCAAAGAGGUUUGUUUUUGAUUGGUUGAAUCUACUAAUUCAUGUGAGACAGCGAUGUUGUCUGAGAAUGGAAGAGAUGGAGAGUUACUGUCUAUGUAUGGAGAUUUGAUAUGGAAAAAUCACGGAGACGGUGUUCGUGCUCACUCUUACUUUGAUCAAGCUGUUCAAUUUUCUCCUGAUGACUGUCAUGUUCUUGCGUCUUAUGCUCGGUUUCUAUGGGAUGCUGAAGAAGAAGAGGAAGAGGAAGAAAGUAAACAUGGAAACGGUUUCUCUUUCUCUACCUAUAACCCAUCAUCUGUGUCUUGACUCUUUGUGCUGAUGUUAAACCGGUGUAAUACAAUAAAAACUCAAGAGUCCGGUUUAAUCAGGAAAAUAUCUUCUGCAUACUGAAGCAGAUCGAUGCUAA